CGGAUCAGGAUGGUUCUUCGGGCGGACGUGAUCCGAGUGGGCGUAACGAGGAGGAUAUGGACAUGGAUGAGGAUCCGAAGACAGGGAAAGAGCCGAAGACAGGGGACGAGCCGAGGAUGGACGAGGAUCCGAAGAAUUCUGAAGAACCCGCCGACGUCACCGAGAGUAACGUGGAGAUGGAUCACGCUCCUACCAUUGUUGGAGCUACCCAGGAGGUCCCAAGUGGCCACCCUAGUCCGGUCGACGUAAUUGAGGAUCUUACUCUAGGUAAGUGCGCCAGUGACGGGGAGGCAAGUAAGGGGCAGAUGGUUAACGUACCGACACCGCAACCCGCAGGGCCACCGAGAAAGCAAACUAAUAGGACAGAAAGUCGACCCCUACCCUUAUCACAUGGAGGAACUCCACACUUGACCGUUGUUAAGGUUGAACCUGAGUUUAUUGAAGGCCCACUUGGCCAGGGUCUUCGGAAGAGGAAAUAUCCGUGGAAGUUGCGGGCCAUAUACACGCCCACCGGCCAACUGGUAUCAAAGUUCAAGCGUACAACCCUACAUGCCCCAUCCCACCGCUCCUGGACGAGGGGUUCCAGAAAUAGAUGGACGACCCAUCAACCGACGGCAAUUCCCGUUCAACGUCCGUCGGGAUCAAAUACAAGAGUUGUAUAUCGACUCGCUCAUGAUGUUAACGGCGUGGAGGGUUGA